GGCCGGUGACUACGUACACUGUAAAGGAAGUUCCCCUCCAAAACUUUUAGGAAACAAUCCUGUUGGACCAGCAACAAAUGAACGCCGAAUAUACAACACUUACUAUGGGAGAGCUGCUCCGAGAGUGAAGAGGAGCUGCAUCAGCUGGCAUGGAUGCACAAACAGGAACUGAAGGAUUCACUGGUUGACAUGUACAAAGCUAAUCCUAAAGUCAAUGAAGAACUGAAACAAAGGCUGCCGUCCCCUGUAAAGCACCAUUGUUCAGAGACCACACCACAACUUGGGUCCACUUUUGGAGAAACCACCUCAGCUUCAUCCCAGUGUCAGAGUAUAUCAAAAUCCCUGGAGGAAAAACUCUUACAAGUAUCUAAGAGUCCGAGAUCCAGAGAAGAAGUGCUGCCCAAACCCCCUCCACCCCCACCUGUGCCUGUCCCUGCUCCAGCUGAAGUGAGGAUCAUGGAGGAGGAGAGACGAGCUCAACAGAAAGAGACAGCGCAGCAGGAACAGGACAUUAAUGAGACGGCCAGCAGUCCAGUCCACACACCUCACAUCAGCAGGACGAGCUCUGCUCUGCUCAGGCAUUCUCAUGAGGACCAGGGAAGCUCCAAAGUUAUCGGUGACUCCAAAAAGCAAGUCCCAGUUCUGGAUAAAGAGAAAAACAUCGCCUUUCUCCUGAAGGAGCUGGAUUCCCUUAGAGAGCUCAAUAAAAAGCUCCAGGACAAGUUGGCACUGAAAGAGAAGGAGCUGGAAACCAAGCUCCUAGACUCUCAGCUACAGGAGACUGAAAUGGAGGCACGGGCCAAUGAGAGAGCAGCAGUGCUAGUGGAGGAAAUCUAUAAGGCUCAGAGGGAGAGAGACCAGGCUGUGAUGGCCAGACUGCGGCUGGCGAACGAGGAGAGGGAUGAAGCUUUACUUCGGGCCAAGAAGCUUCAGGAGGCGACACUGGAGCUGGAGAAUAUUAAACCUGAAGAAAGUGAUGUGGAUCUGGAGGAGCUGUUGAACCGGGUGAACAGUGCAGAAUCUGCCCUCGCUAUUGAACAGAGCGGAGCGGCCAUCAUUGAACAGAUCCAAAGGGCCAGAGAGCGACGUUCCCAGAUCACCUCAGAGGAGAUGAAAACAGUCAUCCAGGAGCGAGACGCUGCUUUAACCAGGUGCAAACGUCUGGAGCAAGAGCUUCUUCACAUAAAAGAGCCAAGCAACAAUUCUGCAAACAGCACCCGCCAUUCCACCACCCAAAGCACUCGGGAGCGAUCUAGCAAGCUUGACUUGGAUCUUCAGGAGGCUCAGAGAGAAAGAGAUAAAGCCCUGCUGCUCAGUCACUCUCUACAAGAGGAGCUGCAGACCUUACGCAGUGUGCUGCAGCAUCAGGCUGAUGAGAGCAGUCCAGAUAGUUCUUCUACCUUCAACCAAAGCCAGACUGAGAUUCAGCCGCUUCUGUACCGCCUGCAGCAGCUGACAUCUGAACACCAGAACGCUCAAACGCAACUGUGUCUGGCCCAGGACAGAGAGAGAGAGGCCAACGAGAAAGCUCAAAGGUUGGAGCGUUUGGUGGAGGUGUUGCGGAAGAAAGUGGGCACUGGCAGUGUCCGAAAAGUCAUCUGACCCAAGCAGACGGCCACAUCUGGUGACCAGGCUGCGGCGUUUAACUCUGAGCAAACAGCCGAAAGCCUGGCCUGGGCAAACACAGGCUGGAAGUGGUGCUCUCUCUUUUCUUUCUUUCUUUCUCUCUCUCUUAGUCCUGUUCUCAUUCCAGGCCAGGCUCAGAAAAAAACGCCAUCGUAAAUGUUUAACCACAUUCUCUCUGCAGUCGCCAAUGAGAGUGUGGAUACUUCACUCGAUCUGCUACUCCAAAGGUUUUUCUUUCUUCUCCUCUCAGACACUUACUUGCCGUACGACAUUAUAUAGUCUGGUUAAACAUCAGGAGUUUGAUUGGAUCCAGUUAGUGAGACUUUUUUCCCUUCUUCAUAUAAAUCCUGCUUUUUUGGACCAAUGGAGGAGCUUUUAAGUAUUGAAGAUGCACUGAAAUAAAUGAUUGAUUGAAAUUCCUACAUUUUUUGAGGUAACUGGUUGCAAAAGAUUCAAAUGAGCUGAAUUUAAACAAACAAAAUAAUUUUAGUAAUGUUCAACUUCAUUUGUUUGUUUAAAUUCAGCCCAUAUAUAUUGUUUGCAAGCACUUACCUUGAAUAUAGAACAGUAUUAAUCCUUAUUUUCAGUGUGGUGAUGGACAAUCUGAGCUGUAGAUGUUUUAAAUGUUUGGCCCACAUGAAUAAAGGGAGUUCACAGCAGAAUGAACCACCAA